UUAACACUCCAUAUAUACCCCAAAUCCAUGCCGUCUCGAAGCCUUUACCAUAAUAUAGAUGUGUACUCGGACCACGCACGGCCGGCAUACGUCAAACAAAUUAAUGAUAAACUUGCCAUAUCUCUUACAUAUCUCGAUAAUCCCCAACAGAGUAAUGAUUCAGGAUUGUUCACUAAUAAAGAAUGUUUGAUAAGUUUUCAUAAUAUUCUGAACAGUGCUCUUAUAAUUAAUCCUACUGAUACUGAGGUAGCACCAAUUGAGAGUGAGAAUGAACUUAGUGGAAUUACUAGUGGUGUUGGCAGUGCUUCUGGUGCUGGUGCUGGAGGUUCAUGGUUUGGUGGGUUGUUUAGACUGAGUCUUGAGUCCACCGUGUCUAGUACCACGUUAUUAUCAAACAAUGGACCCAAUAAUGAGAUCCAGAUCUUUUUAGGUAAUGUGCAAUUGAUAGGUUAUUUAGUGCUCAAUUAUAAGUUAGGAGUAGGAGCUGGUGUUGGAGGAGGUGGGAUCGAUCUUGGAGGAGGUCCUAAGUAUGCCCAAUGGUGGAAUAAUAGAGAGUAUACUGGAAUAUACCAAGAGGAUGUUGAAGAAGAAUUAGAAAAUGAAGAAGAAAGAGAAUCUAGAAUGGCUUCAAUUCCAUUCAUUAGAGAAAAUCUUACUAGAAGAUUAACAGUAGGGGGGAAAUUAGGAGGUAUAAAUGAUUUAGGACUCAAUAAAAAUGAUUCAUUUAUUGAUGAAUCCAAUAAGUAUUUGGUUCAUGAUCUUAUUUAUACAUUCAAUACUCAUUUACCUCCCAAAUUCAAACCACUUGAAGUUAAUCAAGAUGAUAUAGAAGGGAAAUAUAAAAUCCCAACUAAAGAAUUAACUGAUUCAAUUAUUCCAUUUUAUACUACAUCACAAGCUUUAUUAUUCAUGGAUUUAUCAAUUCCUCCUUCAUCUACAAAGACUUUCCAUAUUAAAUUCCCUCAAAGUUCUUCUUUACCACCUUCAUAUAAUACUAAACUGACAGGUCCAACUUGUGAUCAAGGUUGGUUAAGUAUAAAGUAUUCAUUAGUAGUUAGUAUUCUGCCUGAACAACAUUUAAAACCUAAAUCAGUAUAUUUCCCAUUAGAUAUAAAAUCAGAAAGAGUUGGACUUAAUGAUAGAUGGUAUCAAAGGUCAUUUUUUGAAGAAAUUACAGUUGAUAAAUCAUGGAAAAUAGGUAUUAUUGAACUGAAAGAUACUAAUAAAUUUAAAGAUAAUGAUCAUAAAUCAAUUGAAACUAGAGAAGUGUUUUUAGAGGAUUUAACCAAAUUAAUUGAUUCUGAUUUAUAUUCAAUGCCUAAAAUGUCUACCAAUGAACGAAAGAAAAGUAUUCCUUCAUUAUAUGAAGAAAGUGAUAUUACCGAGGGAACAGUUCCUCAAUUGCCAUCUCAUUUAAAAACUCAAUUUCAAUUGAAAGUUAAUAAUCAUAGUUUAUGUUUGAUUAGUCUUUCUCGACCAUAUUAUCAUAUCGGUGAUGAUAUUCAUUUUGUAUUGGAUAUUAAUCCAUUAAAGAAUAGUAAAGUAACUAAAGUUGUGGGGUUACUUGUAUAUCUUGAAGCACAUGAAAUAUACCAUACAAGAUCUGAUAACUUACCAGAAGAGGAAAAACCAAAGGAUUAUACUAAUACUUAUCGAGUUACUGGUAGCUUGAAGUUUAAUACUUUUGCAACUUCAUUAUUUAAUAAGUUAAUCCCUAAUCUGGAACAUCGUCUGGCUCCCUUAAAUGGAUGUUUAAACAUUCCUAGACACUUAUCCCAACAAUUUCAAAGUACAACCUUAAUGGAUUUGAAAUAUUACAUAGUAUUUAAGUUUAAUUUGGGAGAGUUUAAUAAUGAUGGAGAAGUAGAAGAAAAUGGCGGCCCGACGGAAAAUAAUACUGAAAUCACUAAUGGUGGUCUGUUAGAACCGCAAGACACUGUAGAGAAUGGUAAUGGUAGUACUAAUGGUAAUGAUGAAAGUAAUCAACAAUCAUUAUUAGGUAGUAGUACCGAUGGUAUUUCUUCCGACUCUCACAGUUUACCGCACAAUGAGAGAAUAUUCGAAGCCAUCGAAACUUACCGUGUUGACACAGUCGGUUCUGAACUUAGAUUUAGACUUCCCCUUAUAUUAUUACCGUAGAAUGUCUCCCCUCUUAUUUAAUAUAUAAACAAUGAAAGAAUACUUCAUAGGAUAGAAGAUUAAUUAAUUGCAUUGUCUGCAAAACUUUCCUAAUUAGGCACUCGCACUAUAUGCAGGCACCACACAUUUUCAGAGAAAGUUAC